GGGCUGGUUUGAGCUGGUGCGUUGUCAUAGCGACGCAGUCUGGCCUAUAAAUAAGGCUCUGCGGGCGCUACGGCUUUUGUCAGUCAGUGCUCUCGAGCCGGCCGGCUGGUAGCGCCUUUGGCGGCUCCUCCAGCCCGGCUCCUCCUCGGGCGGCGCGUCCACCCCGGCUCCAGCCGCCGCCGAGCUCCGCGGGGCCCGUCUCUGAGGAGGAGGCACGGGACUAGGGGGCCGACCGGCUGCCGGGCGAGGCGCUGCACCAUGGCGGGCGCUGACUGAGUUUCAAUGCAACAUCAUACAACUGCUGCACAGAGGACAGAAAACUUGCCUUGAUCUAUCAAGACUCUGCUUUUCUGAAGCACAUCUUUGAGUGCACAGUUGAAAGAAUUUGAACAAAGCUGAUAUUUCUUAGUUGUCCAUUUUGUUGCACUUUCACUCUUAGAAACAAUGAACAGCUUCAGCGAUGAGGAGUUUGACCUCACCUUCCUUGAUGAAGGCUUUACUGCUAAGGAUAUUCUAGACCAAAAAAUAAAUGAAGUUUCUUCCUCUGAUGACAAAGAUGCUUUCUAUGUUGCUGACCUUGGGGAUGUCCUAAAGAAGCAUUUCCGAUGGUACAAAGCACUCCCCAGAGUAACACCCUUUUAUGCUGUCAAAUGUAAUGACAGUAAAGCUAUAGUGAAGACACUUGCUACUCUUGGUGCAGGGUUUGAUUGUGCUAGUAAGACUGAAAUCCAGUUAGUACAGAGCAUUGGUGUACCUCCAGAACGAAUAAUAUAUGCAAAUCCUUGCAAACAAAUCUCUCAAAUUAAACAUGCUGCCAACAGUGGUGUGCAGAUGAUGACUUUUGACAGUGAAGUAGAGCUAAUGAAAGUUGCGAGAGCUCAUCCAAAGGCAAAGCUAGUCUUGCGCAUCGCAACUGAUGACUCCAAAGCGGUUUGUCGCCUGAGUGUUAAAUUUGGAGCUACCCUCAAAACUAGCAGACUUCUUCUGGAGCGGGCAAAAGAACUUGACCUUGACAUUAUUGGAGUCAGUUUCCAUGUUGGAAGUGGCUGUACUGACCCAGAGACAUUUGUUCAAGCUAUUUCUGAUGCCCGUUGUGUCUUUGAUAUGGGAAUAGAGCUUGGUUUCAGUAUGCAUCUGCUUGAUAUUGGUGGUGGUUUCCCUGGUUCUGAAGAUGUCAAGCUUAAAUUUGAAGAGAUCACAAAUGUAAUCAAUCCAGCGUUGGACAGAUACUUUCCUUGUGAUUCUGGAAUAAGAAUUAUUGCAGAGCCUGGCAGAUAUUAUGUAGCAUCAGCUUUCACGCUGGCAGUUAACAUAAUUGCAAAAAAAGUUAUAUUAAAGGAGCAGUCAGGUUCUGAUGAUGAGGAUGAUACUAAUGGCAAAACUCUUAUGUACUAUGUGAAUGAUGGGGUGUAUGGAUCAUUCAACUGCAUCCUGUAUGAUCAUGCACAUGUUAAACCAGUCUUGCAAAAGAGACCUAAACCAGAUGAGGGCUGUUAUUCCUGUAGCAUAUGGGGACCAACAUGUGAUGGCCUGGAUCGUAUUGUUGAGCGCUUUGAUAUGCCAGAGUUGCAAGUUGGUGAUUGGAUGCUAUUUGAAAAUAUGGGUGCCUACACAGUUGCAGCUGCUUCCACUUUCAAUGGAUUCCAGCGGCCAGCAAUAAAUUAUGUGAUGUCAAGGCCAGCAUGGCAACUAAUGCAACAGAUUAAGGAGCAAGGUUUCGUAGCUGAAGAAGAGGAGCAGGAUGUCAGUACUUUGCCACUGUCUUGUGCCUGGGAAAGUGGAAUUGAACAUCAUCCGGCAGCUUGUGCUUCAACUAGUAUUAAUGUAUAGAUAUUGUUUAACUGCAAGUUUUUAUUAAUUGAAUCUCUAGGGCAUUUUGGGGACCAUUAACUUAAUUCUUGCUAGAAUUUUUAAAUGGCUUUUUGUUUAAGUCUAGGGUCAGCAUAAAUGCAACAAAAUGGAUGACUAGGAGAUGGGGGUCACAUUAUCUGUGUUCCUAUGGAAACUAUUUGAAUAUUUUAUAUGGAUUUUUACUCACUUUCAAGUAUACUAUUAAAGAUUAACCCUUGACUGUCAGACAAGCAUUUGUAGCUUGUAUAUUGGCAGAAUGGGCUGAGCUUAGUGUUGUGACCUAACUUUUUU